UCGUGGAUUGCUAAUCAUGGCUGCUGGCUGUUGUGGGGUGAAGAAACAAAAGCUCAACAACUCAAUGCCAGCCGUCUGCUGCAAUGGCUCAUCAGUCCAUCCAAAUGGAUAUUCCAAUGGUCUCACGGUCCGGCCAGAGAUGUGUUAUUACUGUUUUGACGUUCUCUACUGCCAUUUGUUCAACUGCGAGCCACCCAAAGGACCCCUUACAUUCACAAACGAUCCAUAUCCACUCUUUGUCACAUGGAAGAUAGGCAAGGACAAACGCCUCCGCGGCUGUAUUGGAACCUUCUCCGCCAUGAGUCUCCAGAGCGGCCUCAGGGAAUAUGCUGUCACAAGUGCGGUCAAAGACAGCCGAUUCAGUCCAGUCACAAAGGAAGAAUUUGCCCGCCUCCAUUGUUCUGUGUCCAUACUUACACGAUUUGAGGAGGCCGCCGACUAUUUGGACUGGGAGGUCGGAGCUCAUGGAAUUAGGAUAGAAUUUCUCAAUGAAAAAGGGCACAAGAAAACAGCUACAUAUCUUCCCGAGGUAGCUCCUGAACAAGGCUGGGACCGCAUACAAACUAUAGACUCUCUCCUGCGUAAGGGAGGCUACAAGGGAUCAAUUAACAAUGAAGUUCGCAAGAGCAUCACUCUCACACGAUAUCGCAGUGAAAAAAUAACUAUUUGUUACAAUGAUUAUAUAUUGUAUAAACACAUGAGUAUGAAUAAGUCUUCUCAUUGAUAAAAGUGGAACUUAUCGUGAUAAAGGAAGUGUAUCUUUGUCAUUGGUCAUGAUUUAUUUGGGGAGGCCUUUUUUGGAGUCAGUUAAUUUAAGGAAGUUUAUUUGAAUUUGUUCAGGGUUGCUUUAGAUUGAUAAACUGUCGUCAGCAGCAGAUGACACAAUUGAUAAACUGGGAAAUAAAUAGCUGAAAGUGCAACGAGAUGGUAUUUGGAAUUGGCCUUGGAAAUAAGAUGAUUUUUCAAUCUAAGGUGGCCCUUAGCUAUACAAACUGUUAAGUUUUAGGAUAAAUAGAGAAACAGGCAAGAAAAAGUAUGUAUUCAGAAUUGUGCUUAUAUUUGGAGAAGUUGAUAAAAUAGUUUUUUCUUCCCUGUUUGGUUAUAGCAAAAAGAAUCUCUUAUUGUUGGUUGUUUACACAGUGAUUAUGUCAGAGCAAGUUAGGGUGUUGUUUGAAGACAAUAGCAGAUCAGUCCCAUUACAGAAGGUUACAAAACACUUCAAAAUGCUUGCAACCAAAUUCUUUGAAAAAAUUCCUGCAGACAGUUUUGUGGACAAAACUUUUGCUGUCCUUUGAUGCACAACAUUCACGCAAUUUUAUUCCGUAUAUGUUCUAUGUCAACUCUGCUAUGACCACGGAUACCCAAGUGGGCUCUGAUGUGUAACAAUAUUAGACGAAACUGUAUUUCCUUUCAUUCUGACUCCAGAAAAGGUUUAGCCAAUUAUGAGUCGUGUUUCAUAUGCAUUUGAUGUCAUCCAUUCAUUGCACAGGAGACUUGACAGCAUGGAAUUUGGAGAAGGCAUUUUGGUCCAAUAGAAUACAUUGUUACAAACUUGCUCGGACCCUAAGGGGUCAAAUGUCCUUUUUGUUACAAAUUAUUAUCAUGAACACCCUUUUAGUGUUGUUUUACAGCAAUUUUUAGAUAUGAAGUUUAAUUUUGAUAGAAUUCUGUGUUACAGAACUUUAGCCGGCAGAUUUCUAUCCUUCUGUGGUACCUCAAAGUUUUAUUAUGAGACUAUAACAGUGGUAUAAGUACAGAAAUAUGUUGGCUUUGUUGACCCUAGCUGCUAUACCAAACAGUUAUUUAUUGCGAAGACUGAAUUUGAAAGCAAAGAGGUUUGAAUGUAAAGAAUUCUUUAUGAAAGGGAUUUCUAAGAUUGUAUUAAAAAGCUUGAUAUGUUGCAAAACAAAAAGAUACCUUCUUCUAAUUUUCCAAUUUUUGAUCUCAAAUUACAUACUUUUUUGAAAAACAAAACACCCAUUAAAAAUUCUAGUUUGUUUGAAAUGUGUUUGAAUUAUAUAUGAAGGCUGUCAUUUUUAAGGGUGUGUACAAAACCAGUAUGGGACGAGGUAGAGCAUCAGAGUCAACAGGAUAGAGUUUUUGUUAUGAAAGUCAUCAUUUCAGUAGUAAGAUAUAUGUAGUGUAUUUUAAUACUUUGUUUAUGAAACUCAUACCUCAUCUUGGGAUGACUUACAGGUUCUUGUGCUUUAUAGUGCGAGCUCAGCACAGUGACAUUUUUUUGUUUCCUUUUAAAAUUUGAAAAACUCAUUUUUGUGUCAAAAACAAGAAGGCAACUUUUCCUGUUACCAUGAAUUCAAUGAUAAGUCACUUUUUUCUGUUGUCCAUAAAUUUUUGGAUAUAUAACAUCUGCCAGAAGCUUUUAUCUGCAAACAAACUAUUGAGUAAGAUAACAAACCAUAUAUGGCAUCUCAUUCACACAAAAAAAGCCUUGUGUUGGAACAAAACAUUAAUUUUUGACAUUGGAAUUGGUUUAUCUUGACCUAUCAGAUGAGAUGUUAGCCACAUAAAAAAAGCUUCCUGUUGGAACAAAACAUUCAUUUGGGUCGGAAUUGGUUUGAGAUGUUCUUGAAGUGCAAUUACUUGUAUGUAGUCCUAUAUAUCAUUCAUGAAACUAAUUAUAUUAUUGGGUAUAGAGGCCGGUGCUGUGAUAACAGGCAAUUGUUUGAAAUUUCAGAGGUCAGUUGGUAACAUUUCAUCUCCAUUCUAUUCGGGCAUAGAUUUUAGGUAAAAACUGUUCAUUGGGAAUCAUCCAAGAUGGCACUGCCUCCAUGUUUAGCAUAAAAUCAAGCGAGGUUUUGCUGGAUUUGGAAGAAAGUGAGGUCAGAGGAAAAGGCAGAUUAGCAAGCGUGGUGCAGAAAUAAAUGAAAGCUGACAAUUUAUCUGCAGAUAUAUUUCUGGUUGCUUUCUUUUCUGCUCUGUUAAAACACAGUCUAUUGCAAAACAGUACGAAUCCGCCAUGUUGUGGAUGUCACUUUUUGUAUUGCUUUCUAAGACAACAUUCCUGGCACAUAAAGUGUCACCCUUAUCACUAAAAUGUUAACCCUAUCUCAGAUUCGCCUAUGUUUUUAGUCUCGUAUGAUGUCACUCUGUGCUGAAGGAUGGUUCCCAUUAGAAUAUGUGGUUUUUACGACAAAAUGGUUUGAUUAACCAGUUAGGUUACUGUCACAGGCCAACAUCAAACGGGCCCUAGUUUCACCAAAAAAAA